AUGUUACUUGUGCAGCAUGAAAUGAAUUGGACAUGCGACUUCUUUGUGCACAAAGGGAUGACCACGCUGACACAACCUCGCUGGUAUGGCUCCCAGGCUGUGGGUCUUGCGUGCAGAGGCAGCUGGUAUGCCGCCAAGCCUACAAUACCGCUGGUGUGGAGUUGGCCGUGUAGGCAAGAAGUCAAUGGCAGCUGUGACUUGCCACACUCAUUCAAUAUCUUGCCGUUGAUCGCUGGUGCAUGUCACCGAGACUGCAGAUAUACCAAUGCUUCAUCAGUAGCAUCCACCUCUGGUGCGCCUGCAGGUGAGGUCGCUGAGGUGUCCAACACCUCCAUCACUGCCACCACUGCUGCCACCAUCACCUCUGCUCCCACCGCUGGUGCUCCCACCACUCCUGUUGUCCCUGCUGCCACUGCCGCCACCAAUGCCACCGCCGCCACCAAUGCCACCACCGCCACCACUGCCGCUGCUACCGCCCCCUCUUCUCCCACUUCCCACACAGACAAGGCAUCCAUUCUUGCCCUCAGGGAGGACAUUACUCUGUUGCAAGCAACGGUUACUUCCUUGGAGGAGAAGGUGAGCGCUGGGGAGCAGCUUCUCCUGGAAGCCAAUAGGAGAAUGGCAGAGCAGGAGGCUAGUUCCAAAUUGCUCACCGAGCAAUUGGCGGCACUUCGCCGGGAGUUGUGUUCCCCCAAACUCACAUCACCUGCUUCACCGUGUUUGCCUGUGAUGAUGAACCCUGACUUAGCUGACUCGUCCUCUUGCAAUAGCAUGGUUGUUGCUGAUACAGAGGUCCCUGCCCUGUCAGUGGCCUGCAAUGGUGACAUUGUUGUAGAGACAGAGGACCAUGCUGUGUCAGUGGCUGAGGAAGUAUGCCCUGAUAUGUCAAUUUCUGAGGAUGAAUGCCCUCCUACGUUGGCGCCUCAUGAAGAAUGCCCUGCUAUGUCGGUCCCUGAGGAAGAGCGCCCUGCUGCGUUGGCAUCUUGCAACACCAGGAUUGUUGCAGAUGAAUAUGCUGAAGUUGAGUUGGUGUAUAUCUACAUCUUGAUAUGUUUGUUUACAAUCAUGGAAUUGAGUGUGCCGGUGACAUGCAGUCUGGUGCCGGUAACAUAUUUACUUAUUCUGGUGCCUGCUGAGAUGGCAUGCAGCACUGGAUGCUUGAUAGUGCCAUUUGAAUUACCAUUCGCCGGUGAGAUGGAUUCUUGUGCCGGUGUUAGCAGAGUUGUUCAGAGGCGAGAUGAAUGCUCAAACUUCAAUUCUUUGCCAGCAUAUUUUAAUGGGUGA